AUGAUUGAGAGUCUUGUGGAAGGUGGGCUACUCCAUGGUUUUUCAGUGGGGAAUGGUGAUCUCAAUAUUUCUCACUUCUUGUUUGUUGAUGACACCCUCAUCUUUUGUGGUGCACAUCUUGGACACAUUCAAGCCUUCAGGGUGCUACUCCUUUGUUUUGCAGAUGUAUCAGGAUUGAAUAUCAACCUUUCAAAGUCUGAAUUAGUGCUAGUGGGGGAUGUCCAUGAUGCGGAAAAUUUUGCUACACUCUUGGGUUGCAAGUUAUCAUCUCUACCUAUGAAGUAUCGUGGGUUACCAUUGGGCGCUUCCUUUAAAUCUGUAAGGAUUUGGAAUGACAUGGUCAAAAAGGUUGAGCGCGGGUUAGCUUCUUGGAAGAGGUUAUAUUUGUCAAAAGGAGGUAGGAUGACUUUAAUUAAAAGCACUCUCUCAAACCUACCCACCUACUUUUUGUCUUUGUUCCCGCUUCCUUUAAAGGUAGCUAACAGUAUUGAAAAGCUACAAAGGGAUUUCUUGUGGAGUGGCUUGGGGAAAGAGUCCAAAUUUCAUCUGGUCGACGGUUUGUACUCCAAUUUCUGGGGGAGGAUUGGGGAUCCGCCACUUGACGAAAUUCAAUCAAGCCCUCUUGGGUAA